CUUCUUGUACUUAACAGGAACAUUUUCUGUUUGAAUAUGGCAACCUCACAGGAUAGCAUCACAAUAGAUGCUAUGAAUAAGUUCAUAGUUUCCUUUGAUGACAGUAUACCUGCACAGCUGUGCAGUGACAUUUACUCCCCUCAGCACUGGAGGACAUCAACCAGGCACGCUGCUUGUUGUAACAGUGAUUACGCGAAUAUGCCAAUAACAGAGGACACCACUGCUCAAAGGCCUCCUAGUCACACCAUAAACUCUGAAGAUGCUGAGAGGGAAAAUUCACACACAUGCAGCCUUGGAAGACAUUUGAAAUCCUAUCAAAACUACAACUAUCUAAAAGAGGCAUCAGGAAGGGUGAAAAGCAUCAAAAUGAAGAAGAGUGUGUCCUUUGAUGAAGAUGUCAUGGUCUACCUGUUUGAUCAGGAGAGUCCCACUUUGGAGCUGCACUCUGAGCCCUGCAUCUCUCAGUCAAACAGCUGUCCCUGCAACCUGCAAGGUGCCACAUCAGAAGACACUGGCUUGCAGUGGGAGGAUGACUUCUCAGCGUUGGAGAAUAGCUGCCAUUUUCAGUACCCCAGCAGAUGCUCUCAUACUUUUUCCAUGCCAACACAGGGCUGGACUGCACUGUCCAGGCCGGAGCAUUGCUCUCUGUCCCAAACCUGCCUGUUCCUCACCUAUGUCACUGAGUCAGACCUUGAGCUGUGAGAUAAAGGAAUUACUGAAGCUGUGAGAUCUACGUCAAAGGGGGGAGCAACAGGAUGAAGUCUAAAGGAAAGGCUGUGAAAUCCUCCAGGAUGUCCUGGUCUGACCCGGAGCCAGAAGUUGAACCAGAUACCGAACCAGGCUCCAGUGAGCAUGAGGGUUCAGAGGCCUCGGUCCGGAUCGGUGGCUCCUGGAGGGGCUCACUGAGGAGCGGGAACGGGAGGCGGCAAGGGGGAGCGGGCGGUGGAGGCCGACGGCGCAGACAGCACGGCUCUGGCACCAAAGAGCGCAGCAUCCGACGGCUGGAAAGCAACGAGCGGGAGCGCCAGCGCAUGCACAAUCUCAACAAUGCCUUUCAAGCGCUGCGCGAGGCCAUUCCGCACGUGAAGACAGACAAGAAGCUGUCCAAGAUCGAGACUCUGACCCUGGCUAAGAACUACAUCAAAGCUUUGACCACCAUCAUCUUGGACAUGUCGGGGGCCUGCCUGCCUGCUGGAGGGGUUCCCUCAGAGGCCAGCGCUGCCAAGCUGCUCCAGUGUUACCAACAGCACCUGGAGCAGGAGGGGGAGGACGGUCUCACCCAGUACCUCACCCACAUGCAGAGCUUUAGCCAAGACAGCUAACAGUGAGACUCUAAGGUGGCUGAGCAAUCCUGAGGAGCCACCGGGAGAAACAUGUGGAUGAUGCUGGAUCUGUUCCAUGAUGUUUCCUGUAGGAAAGAAGUGUGCUGACCUGAGACAACAAACCUGCGCUUGAACAUUAGUGAAAGUUGGGCUGGUUAGUGAUUGCGGCUCAUUCAUGCAGCAGACAUAAGGACUGCAAUGAAAACAAAGUGGACCAUGGUUGUUUUAAGGUACACUCAGAAAAGAGUGGCUCAUCUUUUGCAAACUUUUUUUUUUAUUUCUCUUGUGCUAUGGUUUAAACAGGGGAAGGCCCUUGUUCUCUUUUGUCUUAUCUUGUGUGUUUUCUGUUGGGAAACCUGCUGAGUGUAGCCAGUCAUAACUUUUACACUAAAAGAGAGAGAAGGAAAAGCAGAAGGCCUAAAUAUUGAAAUGUUGUCAUUCAUGAUGAUAAUUUACUAUUAAAUAUUAGAUCCUUCUGCAACCCAUGCUAAGGUAUUAGAAGAAGAUAAAUUUGGUAGUGUUAUCA